GCUACUUUCGCUCUCCGUGCCGCUGCUCGCACCCCUCUCAUUCGCUUCCUCGGCAAGCGCUCUGUCCCUAAGUCGGUCGACCACACUCCUCGCCCUCACCCUGCUUCUCCCACCGGCGCCCUGCCGGACUCGUUUGCCGCCUACAGAAUCAAGGCCCAGCAGCACGGCCCUCUCGGUCACGCCUCCUUUUCCAGUGGUGUCGGUGGCCAGUCCGGUGCUUCUCUUGGCCCUAUCCGUCCCCAAUCCGGGGAAUUCUUCGACCGUGUGGAGCUUCCCCAGCGUUUCCACCGUCUCCCUUGGACUGCCGCCGAGAUCGAGGCCAUUGAGACCGGC